ACAUUUGACAAUAGUAUGUGUCUUUUCCUUCUAGCAACUGACAUCAAUGGUGCGGUGUUGAGAGCCGUGGACAUGCUGGUCAAUGACAGGCAGGAGAAGAAGCUCCCAGAGAGGAGCAUAGAUAUGGUUAUUUUACUGACUGAUGGAAUGCCAAAUUCCGGAGUGUCUAGCCUUCCACAGAUCCAGGAAAAUGUUCGUUCUGCUAUUGGGGGGAACAUGUCUCUAUUCUGUCUUGGAUUCGGGAAUGAUGUGGAUUAUUCCUUCCUGGAUGUGAUGAGCAAACAAAACAAAGGAGUGGCGCGCAGAAUUUUUGAGGGUUCAGAUGCAACACUUCAACUUGAGGGUUUCUAUGAGGAGGUGUCCAGCCCUCUGCUUACAGAGGUAGACCUGCGUUAUCCUGACAACACAGUAGAAUUACUGACCACCAACCACUUCAACCAAUUGUUUAACGGCUCAGAGAUUGUUGUGGCCGGUCGGCUGAUAGACAACAACCUGGACAACUUCAUGGUGGAGGUCUUCGGCCAGGGGUUUGAGGAGGACUUCAAGGUGCAGGACCAGGCCAGGGCUGUGGACUGGGAUGUCAUA